AUGGACUGGGUGCCAACUGAUUCGAUUACGUUCAAUAUUAUUUAUCCAAACGCUUAUUCCACACCGAAUCAGAGCGAAGAUGAUGAUAUAUCGACGGUAGAAGAUACGGGUAUACUAGAUCUUGGUGAUGUUGAAUGGCUUACUCGGAAAUUACAUGAAAUGGCAUUGCUAUUUCAAUCAAAAAAUGAUAUACGUAUGUUAUUUAACAUAUCUAUUUUUAUUUAUACUGUAGAACU